CAUAUAACAGAGGGAACAGCAUUGUAUCUGGUUUAAGAAGGCGAGCUCUUCAAACCCAGGCCAUGAGCAAGUAUGAAGCCUGAACACAGAACGAUACGCACAAGACAGUGGACCAGGAUGCCGUGGCCUACCACACGAGGUCUACAGCCAAGAAGAGGAGGAUGUCUCUGAGGAGGAUGAGCACACCAUCCUUCCAGAAGCGGAGGAGGAGGAGGCCUUCUCCCCAGGCCCUGGGAACAUUGUGGGCUGCAGAAUUUCUCACGGAUGGAAGGAAUGCGAUGAGCCCGUCACCCAAUGGAAGGCCAUCGUUCUAGAUCAACUGCCAACAAAUCCCUCUCUAUAUCUGGUCAAGUAUGAUGGAAUUGCCUGUGUCUACAGACUGGAACUUCACAGCGAUGAGAGGAUUUUAAAGCUUAAGGUCUUGACUCACAAAGUAGUGUUUCCUCAAGUGAAAGUGCCCAUCUCGUGAGUGCCAUGGUUGGCCGAGCUGUGGAGCAUAAAUUUGAGGGCAAACAUGGCUGUAAGGACAACUGGAGGGGGGUGGUCCUAGUCCAGGUGCCGAUCAUGAAGGACAGGUUUUACAUCACCUACGAGAAAGAUCCAGUCCUAUACAUCUACCAGCUCCUGGAUGAUUACACAGAAGGUAACCUCCAUAUCAUUCCAGAGACUCCUCCAGCAGAGGUGAAGUCAGACGUUGACAGUGACAUCUUAUCAGGUCAAUGUGUGCAGUUCACCAGAAGCGACGGGUCCAAACAGAUCGGCAAAGUCAUUUACCAAGUUCCAGCCAAGCCUUCCGUGUACUUCAACAAGUUUGAUGGCGACGUCCACAUCUACGUCUAUAAUCUGGUGGAAAAGAUCCGUUAAGAUACCCACAUGCCUUUGACAACCCCAGUAUCUUUUCCAGUGGAAUUUGUUUUUGCUCUAAAAAUUAACAUGUGUGAUGUGA